AUGAUCAUAAAACAGCAGACUCAUGAAUUACUCAAGCGAGGGGGUUUUGAAUUAACAAAAUGGUGCUCCAACGAAAUCAAGUUGCGAGAUAGUGAAUCCCCAUCAGAUAACAAAGAGUUUAACGCGACCGGAUCUCUAGGCGAGACUCGAGCACUUGGAUUAGUGUGGAAUUAUGACUUGGAUAUAUUCAAAUUCGUUGACGCAUGCAAAUGGACACCGCUCGAGAAACCUACCAAACGAAAAAUUCUGUCAAGAACUGCAUUAAUAUUCGAUCCCCUAGGAUUUGUAACACCUGUAACGUUAACGGGGAAAAUCAUUAUGCAAGAAUUGUGGUUAUUGAAAAUUGACUGGGACGAAUCGAUUCCUAUGGAACUGAACACUACGUGGAAGGAGUAUGAAUCGCAGAUCGAACAGUUGGAUGACGUCAAGGUUCCUCGGAAAAUAUUAAUAGAAAAACCAGUACGUAUUGAAUUACACGGAUUUGCUGAUGCUAAUCAACAGGCGUACGGAGCAUGCGUAUAUGUGCGAUCUAUCUCGGAGAGCGGGCAGGUAGAAAGUCAUUUGAUUGCUUCCAAGUCACGGAUAGCACCUGUGAAGUCCCUAUCAAUACCACGAUUAGAAUUAUGUGGAGCUGUGGUACUUGCUCAACUAAUCAACAAGUUGAAAAAUUGUUUAAAUUGCAAAAUUGACAAUACCGUUUAUUGGACUGAUUCCAGUAUAGUGCUGUGUUGGUUGCAAUCGCCCGGUCGCAAUUGGACGCUCUUUGUCGCCAAUCUGGAAAAUCCCGCAGAUUUACUCUCAAGAGGAGCAACUGCUCACGUAAUAUCCAGAUCAGAGUUGUGGUGGUAUGGACCUCAUUGGCUGAAAGAUGCUGAAUCUGAGUGGCCAGUUACAACGAUAUCAAUAUCAAAAGAUAUUGUACCAGAGAGACGAAAAACAGCCGUAACCAAUGUGGCAGUACCAAAACCUACAUUUGAGAUUUUCGAACGUUUUUUGAGCUAUUUGAAGCUGAUACGAGUAUUCGCAGUAUGUUUACGUUUUGUUAACAUGAUAAGAAAGAAAGGGGUAGAUUCUGUCGAAACUUCUCAAUAUUGCGACAACGAUAGAAAAUUUCGUCCACUCUCCGUUUCCGAACUAGAAGCAGCAAAAUUAGCGCGGAGCUCAAUUCUUAAAUUAAAUCCAUUUUUAGAUGCGAACGGAAUUCUGAGAGUUGGUGAUCGUUUAAAGGAUACAAAUUUGUCAUACAAUGCAAAACAUCCAAUGUUAAUUCCGGCGCAACAUAGAUUCACUCGAGCGCAGUUGACCUUAGCGUCAAUUCGACAAGAAUUUUGGCCGUGCUCAGCUCGAAAUGUCGUACGUCAAGUUAUUAACACAUGUGUAAUAUGUUUUCGCAAUUCACCAAAAUUGUCUACUGCAUUAAUGGGUGACUUGCCCGAAGCCCGCGUGAAAGGUGAUACACAACCAUUCGAGACAUGUGGCAUCGAUUACGCCGGCCCUAUUUAUUACAAGGAAGGUCAACGAAAGAAUUCACGAUUAAUCAAAUGUUUCAUAGCAAUCUUCGUUUGUUUUAUGACAAAGGCGGUUCAUCUAGAGUUGUCGAAUGAUCUAACUUCAGCCACGUUCCUAAGUGUACUUAAACGAUUUAUCGCAAGAAGAGGACGUCCUAAUCAUACAUAUUCUGAUAACGGCUUAAAUUGUGUUGGCGCUGAGCGUGAACUCAAGGAAUUAUUUGACAGUAAAGAAACUGAGCAACAAAUUAUUGACAAUAUGGUAAAUGAACGUAUACAGUGGCAUUUUAUUCCACCAAGGGCACCACAUAUGGGCGGCCUUUGGGAGGCCGCCGUGAAAUCCGUUAAAUUUCAUCUGGCACGUAUUGCUGGAGAAGCUUGUUUAAGACAUGAAGAACUGAAUACAUUGUUAGUACAAAUAGAAGCAAUUCUCAAUUCACGACCCCUUACACGUUAUCAGCAGAUCCUAACGAUCUACUUGAUCGAUGGCAACGUAUCGAACAAUUGCGACAACAAUUUUGGCGACGCUGGAACGACGAAAGAAUAUUUACAUGUCUAUCAACAGUGGAGUAAAUGGAAUACCGUCACGAAUCCUAUUCAGAUAGGGCAACUCGUUAUUCUGAAAGAAGACAAUUUGCCGCCUUUAAGUUGGAAAUUAGGGCGAAUUAAGGAGAUAUAUCCAGGUCAAGAUGGAAUUAUAAGAACUGCGUUAAUACAUACAGCCAAGGGUGAUUAUAAGCGUCCUAUCACCAAACUUUGUGUACUUCCUAUAACUUAA